UUGUUAUAAAUAGAGUGAUAGGGGCUGCUGCUGGCUGAGUUUAUAUGUUUUGUAGAAAUUAAUUAUAAAUCUUUACAGACAAAGCGUCGCGGGGUGUCAUGAGAGAAAUGUCGGCCAACAAUAGUGCUAUGCAAGGGGGACAGCUGCAGCAGCCUCAAAAACAUUAUGGGAUCACUUCUUCAAUCAGCCUGGCUUUUCCCAGAGAACUGGAUCACAUUUACACACAGAAGUUAACUGAAGCAAUGAAACCCUUUGGUGUGUUUGAAGAUGAGGAAGAGUUAAACCACAGACUGGUUGUUUUGGGUAAAUUGAAUGAUUUAGUAAAGGAGUGGAUUGCAGAAAUAAGUGAAACUAAGAACCUACCACUCUCAGCAAGUGCAAAUGUUGGUGGUAAAAUUUUUACAUUUGGGUCCUAUAGACUUGGAGUACACACCAAAGGGGCUGAUAUUGAUGCACUCUGUGUUUCUCCACGCCACGUAGAGAGACCAGACUUCUUUCAGUCCUUCUUUGAAAAACUUAAACUACAUGAAGGGAUCAAAGAUCUAAGGGCUGUGGAAGAUGCAUUUGUACCAGUCAUCAAGUUUAAGUUUGACAGCAUUGAGAUUGAUCUGUUGUUUGCAAGGCUGGCUCUGCCGUCCAUUCCAGACAAUUUGGACCUUCGAGGUGAUUCACACUUGCGAAAUCUUGACAUAAGAUGCAUUCGUAGCUUAAAUGGUUGCAGAGUCACUGAUGAAAUUCUGCACUUGGUGCCAAACAAGGAGAAUUUCAGGCUGACCUUGAGAGCCAUCAAGCUUUGGGCAAAACGCCGUGGGAUUUACUCAAACAUGUUGGGCUUUCUCGGCGGUGUCUCCUGGGCAAUGCUGGUUGCAAGAACCUGCCAGUUGUAUCCUAAUGCAGUAGCAGCAACCCUGGUCCACAAAUUUUUCUUGGUCUUUUCAAAAUGGGAGUGGCCAAACCCUGUGCUUCUGAAACAGCCAGAAGAGAGCAAUUUAAACUUGCCUGUCUGGGACCCACGGGUUAAUCCAUUGGAUAGAUACCACUUAAUGCCAAUCAUAACGCCAGCCUAUCCACAACAGAAUUCCACGUACAACGUGUCUACAUCAACACGAACAAUAAUGACUGAAGAGUUUAAGCACGGUCUUGCUAUCACUGAUGAAAUACUUCUAGGGAAAGUGGAAUGGUCAAAACUCUUCGAACCACCAAACCUUUUUCAAAAGUACAAGCAUUAUAUUGUAUUAACAGCCAGUGCAUCUACUGAAGAAAACCACUUGGAAUGGAUCGGUCUCGUUGAGUCCAAGAUUCGAGUUCUAGUUGGAAACUUGGAGCGCAAUGAGUACAUAACACUUGCACAUGUAAACCCUCAGUCAUUUCCUGGAUCAAAGGAGCAUUGCAAUGAAAAGGAUUUUGUCUCAAUGUGGUUCAUUGGCAUCUCAUUUAAAAAGGUAGAAAAUGCAGAAAGUGUGAAUAUUGAUCUGACCUAUGACAUCCAGGCAUUCACAGAUACUGUGUAUAGACAGGCAAAUAACAUCAGCAUGUUGAAAGAUGGCAUGAAAAUUGAAGCUACUCAUGUAAAGAAAAGGCAGCUCCAUCAGUACCUACCACCAGAUGUUCUGCAGAAAAAAAAGAAGAGCAUAGCAGAAAUAAACCGCAAUUCAAAUGGAGGUGGGUCCAAGCGAUGUUCUCUGGAUGGUAACCCAUUGGACAGCUCAAGGGACACUGACACUGGAACACCCUUCAGCUCUCCAGUACCAGCGAGCAAGCCUUCCAAACCAAACACUGAUGCAGAGGACUCCCAAAACAUUACACCAAGCAAAAUACCAGCAAUGUGUGUAGAUGGGUCUCCGCCUCUCGAUUCAUCUGCAAAAACAGAACUUGGGAUGUCUAUUCCUGUAAUUGGUUCAAAGCCUGUUGAUGCCCCUGCAGUAAAAUCUGUGCAGCCUCCAGCUGGAAGCACCAUCCCCACUGUGGUGGGCUUGAAUGUUAUUCCACGUCUGGCAUCGCCAACGAAUAGCCAGGCAGUCCAGGUGUUGCUUAAUGGAGUAACAAAUGCAAACUACACCGCUCCCAAAAGACCACAUUCUCCUUCCAUUGAGGAAUCUCCAAAGAGACUGAAAGACACAGAGAAGCUGACUAUCUCGGAUGAUUCUACAUUCAAAGAACCGUACCCACCUGACAACAAUGGUCAAGAGCAAGGGCCAGGGCAGGUAUUGGAAAUUCUUGGAGGAACUAAACCUAUGCCAAUCCCAACCAUUGAUACAUCGCGAUCACAGAGACUGCCCAGCAAUGAAUUGCCAGAUGCAUCAUCUCCAUUACCAACCAACAACCUUCGUGUUAUUAAAAAUUCCAUCAGACUGACCCUAAAUCGAUAACAAGUGUCUCUUGGCAGGUAAACCUUAUUCUGUAAUUUAUCACUCUUCAAACCAUUCACUUUUUUUUAAAUAGUGUUGCCUGCCCAUAAUUGUCCUGAAGGUUGUUGAAGUAAGACUGCAGGUGGUGAUUGUAUAGGCACCUUUUUUAAAGUUGUGUUUUUUUGGAUAUCACACGGAUACCUUAGCCAUGUCUCCUAAUAAUCUGAAAAUUCACCAAAUCAAUUGCCUUAAAUUGAAAUGCUAGCUGCUUACCUCUUGAUGAGCUAGAUCUAUCCUAACCACGUUAUUGUAUGAUGGAUAUUGUUUCUGUAUAUAAUUGUUAAAUCACGGUGUUUUUUUUUUUUUUUUGAUUUGCAAGAAAAUGUAGUUUUAAUAACUUGAAAAAAGAAAAAAAAAAGUAUAGUUCUGUGUGACAUUCUCUAUUUGGUUGUCAGUUUCGACAAUUAAGAUCUUUUAAAACAUCAGUUGUUUCUGCUCCUCUAAUCUUGGCAGGUUAUUAAACUUCUAAUCUGUGCAGAUUGUUUGUUUAAAAUAAAAAGUAUUUGCAGUUGAUCCAAGUACCUUGCAGUGGGAGACAUGAGUUGAAGUGGUUCAGUGUGUUGGAUUCUUACUUUGAAAACUGUCUGGUACAUGAAAGCCUGCCUGCCUCCUGUGGAGGCUUUAAAGCUGUAACUGUUCCUAUAUAAUUUAGUUGUUUGUCACAACGCUGCAUAGAAUGGUUUAACUAUUGAUUCUGCCAAGGUUAGGUGUAAAGAGACAACAUUAAAUGAAUAGUUACCUUAUUCAUUCUUGGGGUUCCUCCAUUUGUUUUGUUUUUAUUUAUAUUUCCACUUUAUUUGUACAAUGUACUUUUUUAUAUAUAAAACAUACAUUAAUUUCAUUUAUAUGCUUACUGUAUAGUUAGAUGCUUAUACCAAUUGUGUAUUCUGUUGUAAUUCAUCACCAAAAAACACUUUUCCAAUCCAUUUGGGUGAAGUUUUUGUAGGACAACAAAUCAUCAUAUGUAUUUGAAAGGAUAUUUUUGUAUGUAAUGUAU